UUUUUAUUUCAACAGGGAGAAAAACAGCCAAAAUUCAUGCUUUCCUUCUUUUAUCUUUAAGACCAUGGUCCCAUUUGUAAAUUUUUGAUAGCAUAGGAGUAGAUUAAAAGAAGAAGGAAUAACUAGGUGGUGAAAUAUUAAGAAAUCUGAAGAAAUUAAAAAGCAGUGAGUUUUCUUGGUUUUAUUUUUCUGAAGGGGAUUUAAGGUGCCCUGUGAAGUGCUGGAGGAGAGCAAAGGGCGCUGCCCUGACGGACUCUUGGAUUUGGGGCUCAGCGCAGAAGAAGCUGCCGGGCUGAGGCUCUUUAGCAGCUGCUGGUGAGAGAUCUGCACAGAGAGGGGCAAGGACUUCCUGAGGUGAAGCCAGCCCUGCCACCAAGAGGUGACAGCGAGUGGAAAGGGGGAUUUGGCACAAAACCCCUCUGUCACCGAGUCCGCCACCAUGGCCCGGCCAUGGCUCCAUCUCUGCAUCUGCCUCCAGAUCCCAGGUUUUUAUACAACUCUACUAUUAACCCAAACUCCAGGGCAUAUGCUCACCCAAACUAGCAAUAAAACUGAAAUCCUCUGUGACCUGAAGAAGGACCACACCGGGGUCUACUGGUACCGCUGGAGCCAGGAGAGGCAACAAUUCCAGUUCUUGUUGUUCUCCAACGCAAUGGGCAAAGCCACAUAUGGCCAAAAUGUGGAGAAGGGCAAGUUUAGUGUCCAUGAGGCGGGGUCCCAGAGCUCCUACAGCCUGCACAUCAGCGGCCUGCAUCCCUCAGACAGCGGCAUCUACUACUGCUCCAUGUCCCAGUCCUCCCAGCUCCUCCUGGGCACUGGGACACAGCUCACAGUGGUUGAUGCUUUGCCUCCAAAGACCACACAGACACCAGUGUCCAAAACGCCUCUGCCACGGACAACCAAAAGGAAAGCUGCCAGCAGGGGAGGUGCCUGCAGUCCCCUGGUCUGGAUCCCACUGGCUGCUGCUGUCCUGCUGCUCCUGCUGAGCCUGGUCCCCAUCGCCUGCCGCCUGCACCGUCUGCGGCGGAGGCUGCGGCUUCGCGUCCACAGGCAGUAAUUCCCAAUAAAUCCCAGUAAAUUCCCAGUAAAUCCCAGUAAAUCCCAGUAAAUCCCACUGCCCUCCCUGCCUCAGCAGGCAGGGAGAAGCCACAGACCCUCCCCUGCAGGAGCCUGAGCACUGCCUGGACAUGACCAGGAAGGACCUGGCAGGGGACAGACAUGGGCUUGUACCACAGGAGAGACAUUUCUUUCCUGCAUGACUUCAACAUUCUCCUGGACACAACAGCUGGCAAAAGGACCAAGCUGGAUUCUGCAGCAUCCUGAGCACUUCCCAAAGGACACUAAGCAGGACAAAUGCCAUGGCUGGCUCUGCACAGGGGGAAAGGGGCUGGUACCAAAGCGUCGCCACAUUUCUCUUCGCAGAGAAAAGCAAGGCACAAUUCUUCCCAAGAAUAUUUCUGGGUUUCACAUUCUCUGAACAUCAGAGAAAGAAAACACAAUUCUUAUCUUAUUUGCUGUGCCUGUGUUUGUGCAAAAGUAGAAGGCAAUAAGGAGAUUGUUUAUCCAGAGUGAUGGAGUUUUGUUUCCUUGGCCUAUCAGGGCCAGGUGUGUGUGUGUGUGUGUUGGGACUGUGGGCUGACAGUCACGAGAUUCAGAGCAGUGUGUGCAGAGUUGAGUGCUUGGCAGAUUCAGUUAAGAUGUAAUGUAAC